GGCAUAAGAGAGAACACAAAUCAGGUGCGCACCGUAAAAGAAAUAAAAAUCGUAAAAUGGAGGAGCAGUCGGAUGAUGAGAACUUUGAGCCAAAGACAAAGAAGAUCAAGCGUGAUUGGCUCAACAGUUAUUGCUAUUCAAACAAGGCCAUGGGCAUGAUGAAGAAAAUGGGCUACGAGGAUGACAAGGGUCUGGGUAAGAGCAACCAGGGUCGUCUCGAGCCCGUCAUUGCCGUGCAGCAGGAUGGGCGACGUGGUUUUGGCCUCAAGCUGGAUACCGUCCCUUGGUCAGAGGGAAAAUGGGAUCCGAGUCUGCAGGACGUGGAAAUACCAGAGCCGCUGAUUUGGCUUCCGCAGGAGGGCGACAAUUGUGGCGCCUACACGCUGCAGCAGCUGAUGAUGCACAUGGUGACCGGGCCGCGCAAGCUCACCAUCGACGACGAGACCCAAUUCUGUGAUCCCGAGAUCUUGGAGCACAUACUCAGUGCAAAGCGGGUCUUUGACAGCUUGAACGAUACGGAGAAGCGUCGGGCACGCUCUCGCAGCAAUCCGUUCGAGACGAUUCGCUGCUCCAUCUUUCUGAACCGUGCCGCUGUCAAGAUGGCCAACAUAGACUCCAUAUGCGAUCACAUGUUCACCAAUCCGCGGGACGAGAACGGCCACUCGUUAAUCGGUCCGAAUGAGCUGCUCUACUUUGCGGACAUGUGCGCGGGACCUGGCGGCUUCUCCGAGUACGUGCUCUACCGCAAGUCGUGGGAGGCGCGCGGCUUUGGGUUCACACUGCGCGGCUCAAAUGACUUCAAGCUGGACAAGUUCUUCGCCGGCUCGCCGGAGUCGUUCGACACAUUCUACGGCGAAAAGGACGACGGCGACAUAUUCGACAUAGCCAAUCAGAAUUCCCUGAACGAUUACAUACGCAAGCACACGCCGCAAGGCGUCCACAUUGCCAUGGCCGACGGCGGCUUCUCGGUGGAGGGGCAGGAGAACAUCCAGGAGAUCCUCUCCAAGCAACUGUAUCUCUGCCAGUUCAAUACGGCCCUGAAGAUCUUGCGCGUCGGCGGCAGCUUUGUGUGCAAGCUGUUCGAUCUGUUCACGCCAUUCAGCGUCGGCCUCGUCUACCUGAUGUACAAGUGCUUCAAGUAUAUGGCCAUUGUCAAGCCGAACAGCAGCCGUCCGGCCAACUCGGAGCGCUACAUCAUAUGCAAGUACAAGCUGCCGGAUACGGAAGCCAUCAUUAGUUACCUGGACCAUGUGAAUCAGCUGCUGAAUGUGGCGAACGCGCAGAAGAACAAGGAGGAUAUUGUGGACGUGCUUGAGCUGUUCAAUCACGACGAGAUGAUGCAGGACGUGCGCUUCAUGCAGUACAUGAUUGAAUCGAACGAUACCAUCGGGAGGAAGCAGAUCAUCGGGCUGCGCAAGUUCGCGGCAUUUGCACUGAACCCGGACCUGAAGGAGCCGCGUCAGUCGGAGGUGCGCCAGCAGUGCCUCAAGUGCUGGGGACUGCCCGACAAGCUGCGCCAGGCGCCGGAGGUGAAGUCGACGGAGCGCCUGCUCGAGGAGCUGCUCUGCGACUGGGCCGCCGAUCGCAAGUGGAUGGGCGUACCAGCCAAGGAGCAGACAUCCGUGUUUCAGCUGCAGAACGAGAUCCUGAACGUAAACGACUGGCACUUCGUGCCCAUUGGACGCGGCGAGAACAACACCAACGGCUGCACCCUCUUUCUGUGCAAGUCGCGCGGCAAUCUGUGGCGCCACACGGACCACCGCAAGUGGGAACAGGUGGAGUCCACCUUCAAUAUCCAGCCGCGCUCCAUAUUCUUCGGCGAGAUCGCGUUCGAGUUCAGCGGUGAGGCGCGCACCUCGCAGAGCGUCUCGGCGCUCCACAUCAUGGAUGCCAUCUGCUUGGGCGGCAUCGAUGUACGCCGGCGUCCGUUCCUCGAGCGCUACAGCAUGUGCGAGAAGUUUGCGCGCAGCAUGAACAAGCCGUACAAAAAGGAUCAGACGUGCGGCACCAUCCGUUGCAAGCCGCUCUUCCGGCUCCAGGACAUGAAUAAAUUCUUCGGCCAGAUGCGUCCGUACACGCUCAAGGACAACUCGCAGCGCCUGGGCCUCAUGUUCGAAGAUCGCAAGUUCUUCGUGCCCGGCGGCAUCAUCCUCUCCUGCGAGAUGACGUCCAACUUUGUGACCGCCCAUUCGCGGUCUGCGCAUCAGAUAUACUACUUCAAUACCGUAAAGAACGUGUCCCUGUUCAAGCAUCAGAUCGAUCCUGUGCACUUCAAUGAGGUAUUUGCGUCGUUCCGCCACAACUACACGAGACGCAAAUUGUGGAAGUGGACGAGCAUAUUGCAGGUGGACGCAUUCGCCUCCGAAGAGCGUCCAACGAUUCUGUAUCGCAGUGAUUUCGAGAAGUUUAUCCGUAACAAGCUAAUGCCCAUCCAGCAAAAUCCCAAUCCCAAUGCUAAUUCCAAUCCAAAUACCAAUACCAAUCCCAAUACCAAUCCCAAUCCCAAUCAGAAUCAUAAUCAACUAAGAAACUGAGCUCGGAUUUCGUCA